AUGGAGAAACCAGCAGGUCCCGCGACGGCCCCCGACGCCGAGUCCCAGCCCGAGGCCGUGGAUGCUGCCGCCGGGCCGGACGCCAGCGCGGCGUGGAACGAGGCUCUCAACAAGGAGCUGCAGGAGGGCUUCACCAGCAAUGAUCGUCUGGACAUGCAGCGCAUGGGCAAGAAGCAGCAGUUUCGCAGAAACUUCCGCCUCCUAUCCACCAUUGGCUUCACAACCUGUGUCAUGGGCACCUGGGAGAUUCUCCUAACAUCCAACACACAGGGCCUCACAGCCGGCGGCAUGCCCGGCCUGUUCUGGUCCCUCUGCUGGGCUUACACCGGGCAGUUCUUCAUCGUCCUCUCCCUCGCCGAGAUGGCGUCCAUGGCCCCGACCGCCGGGGGCCAGUACCACUGGGUGUCCGAGUUUGCGCCUCGACAGCACCAGAAGCUCCUGAGCUACCUAUCCGGAUGGCUUUCCGCCGUGUCAUGGCAGUCUAUUGUCGCGCUCGACGCCUUUCUCAUCGGCUCCAUCAUCCAGGGCCUGAUAACGCUCAACAACAUGAGCUACAGCCCCGCGCGGUGGCAGGGCACGCUGCUCGUCAUGGCCUCAGUGUUCGCCAUAUCCCUCUUCAACGUCUUUGGCGCCAAGCACCUGCCGCUCGCCGAGGGUCUCUUUGUGACCAUUCACCUCUUUGCCUUUUUCCCCGUCAUCGUCACGCUGCUGGUGCUGGCGCCCAAGCAGGCCGCCGUCGACGUCUUUACUGGCUUCACCGAUAACGGGGCCGGGUGGCCGUCGGUCUCGCUCGCCGUCAUGGUCGGCCAGGUCUCGACCAUGUUUGUCGUGCUGGGGUCCGACUCGGUCGCCCACAUGUCCGAGGAGAUUGAGGACGCGGGCAUUAUUGUACCCCGCGCCAUGGUCUGGUCCUUUUUGCUCAAUGUGCCGUUUACCUUUGGCCUGCUGCUGACGUACCUCUUUUCAAUCGGCAAUGUCGAGGAGGCGUUGAAGGAUAAAACGGGGUUUCCAUUCAUGUAUGUGUUCCGGGAGUCGACGGGCAGCGUCCGCGGUGCGACGGGUCUGACCAUUGUGGUGCUCAUUCUGCUCAUCAUGGUCACCAUUUCGAGCCUGGCGUCCACGUCAAGACAGACGUUUGCAUUUGCCCGUGACAACGGCCUUCCGUUUUCCAAGUGGCUUGGCAGUGUCCACCCCACAUGGCAUGUUCCUGUCAACGCCGUCACUUUCACCUGCCUCUUCAGCAUGGUUCUUUCACUCAUCAACAUUGGAUCCACGGUCGCCUUCAACGCUAUGCUCUCUCUAUCCACCGUGGCACUCAUGGCGACUUACGUUAUUUGUCUCGGCUGCGUCGCUUUCAGACGUCUUCGCGGCGAGCCACUCCCACACUCGCGCUGGUCACUUGGUCGGUGGGGGUUGCCCGUCAACAUUACUGCCCUUGUCUACGCUUGUUGGUCUUUUUUCUGGAGCUUCUGGCCCAACAGCUAUCAUCUCACCGCGGAAAACUUUAACUGGGCGUGUGUACUCUUUGUAGGACUCAUGAGUUUGUCUGCCGUGCUCUACUACACCCGUGCCCGACAUAUUUAUCAGGGUCCAGUGGUCCUCAUUCAAAAGCCGAGAGAGUAA